UCAGAAUUCAGUAGAAAAAGAGAGAAGUUUUGAGGCCCGAAAAGCUCUUCUGCACCAUCUCUGUCUCUGCGCUGAGAGAAGUGGAUCUCUCUCAGUUUUCAGGCCAAUUUCCGAUCAGCUACUUGUAAUAAUGAAUUUUCUACAAAGGUAUACUGCUAAUGCUACUACACACAGUGUAGUUCCAACGGAACAUGGUCUUCCUCCUAUACAUGAACUUCAAAUGGACUCGCGGUACGCUUCCGCUAAGCCAACAGCAACUCUAGAAGGCCUUAUAGCUGAAGAUUCAUUUCCACAGUCGCCGUCUCCUGUUGCAACUCUCCAUGACGGGACUGCGCAGGGAUCUUCUACCAAUGAAGGUGAGAAUGGUACGCCUGCUGCCCCUGGCGUGAGUGCACAAAAUGAGUCUUUUGCUAUGGAGAAUCACUCUGAUGUUUCCGAAGAAGAAGGGUGGAUUACUAUUCCACAUGGGGAACUUCCUGAUGGUUGGAAUAAUGUACCAGAUAUACAUUCAUUACGCUCCCUGGAUCGAUCAUUUGUUUUUCCUGGUGAGCAGGUUCAUAUCCUGGCAUGCUUGUCAGCAUGUAAGCAGGUUACAGAAAUUAUUACUCCAUUUAAAGUUGCUGCUGUGAUGUCUAAAAAUGGCAUUGGACAAAGCCCUGAGAAACAAAAUGGGAAGGUGAGGGAUGAAAAAGAUUUGGGAUCAGGAGAAGGCGAAGGCGAAGUGAGCUCAGAUGGCCAAUUUGUAGAUCAAAAUGGAAGUACGCCAUUAAAACCAGAGAUUGAUUCACAAAAAGAUAUAUCUGCCAGUGAAUCUUUCCUCAGAAUGGAAGAUCAUAAAAGACAAACUGAAACAUUAUUGCAAAGAUUUAGAAACUCUCACUUUUUUGUUAGGAUUGCCGAUGCAGGGGAGCCACUUUGGUCAAAAAGAGGUAGUUUUGAUUCCAAAUCUUCUGAGAUGGAUGGUCAGAACUCCACUGCAGAUGACAUGUCCCGAAUUGUUGCUCUUAUUGAUAGAGGAAAUUUUGAUGCCAAUGUUUCUGGUGGAGCAGCAAGGAAUUCUGUCAAUUGUUUCUCUCUUCCUAAUGGAGACAUAGUGGUGCUUUUACAAGUUAAUAUUGGUGUUAAUAUUUUGAGAGAUCCUAUCAUUGAGAUUCUUCAAUUUGAGAAAUAUCAGGAAAAAAAUUUGUCUCCUGAGAAUCAAGACAACAUAAAUGGCAUGCAUUAUGAUCCAUGUGGUGAGUUGUUAAAAUGGCUGCUUCCUUUGGAUAACACUCUUCCUCCUCCAGCUCGUUCUCUAUCUCCUACUCGUUUAGGUUCUGGUUCAGGAAUAGUUGCCUCUUCCCACAAGCCUUCUCCUUCCAGUUCUCAGCUAUUCUCUCAUUUCAGAAGUUACUCCAUGUCAUCAUUGCCUCAAAAUACUACAUCAUCUCCUCAACCUGUUAAAACCCAAAGUUCUAAGCCUAGCUUUGACCUUGGAGACUGGAAUCAGUACUCAUCUCAGAAGUUCUGGAAAGGUCAAAAAUCUGGGGGUGAAGGUCUUUUAUCUUUUCGAGGUGUAUCAUUAGAGCGAGAAAGAUUUUCUGUUCGUUGUGGGCUAGAAGGCAUCUAUAUUCCAGGACGAAGAUGGAGAAGGAAACUUAAAAUUGUUCAACUGGUAGAAAUUCAUUCAUUUGCUGCAGACUGCAAUACCGACGACCUUCUCUGUGUUCAGAUAAAGAAUGUUUCUCCAGAAAGUAAUCCAGAUAUAGUUGUAUACAUAGAUGCUAUAACAAUCGUAUUUGAGGAGGCUUCGAAAAGUGUAUCACCUUCAUCAUUGCCAAUUGCUUGCAUUGAAGCUGGAAAUGACCACUCUUUGCCAAAUCUACCCCUCAGGAGAGGUGAAGAGCACUCUUUUAUUCUUAAACCAGCAUGCUCUAUGCAGCAAAAUGUAAAAGUUCAUGCUGAAAAAGUUUCUCCAUCAUCAAGUUUGCGCCUCACACCCAGUCCCAUUGAAGGAAGGAGGAAUGGUUUGGAUACUGAUAAGUAUGCAAUAAUGGUAUCCUGCCGAUGCAACUAUACGGAGUCAAGGUUAUUUUUCAAGCGGACAACUAGUUGGCGACCACGUAUCUCAAGGGAUCUUUUGAUCUCUGUUGCAUCUGAAAUGUCGGGACAAUCUUCUGGAUCGAGCGAAAGAGCUUCUCAGCUUCCAGUUCAGGUCUUAACCCUUCAGGCAUCAAAUUUGACAUCUGAAGAUCUUACUAUGACGGUUCUUGCACCUGCCUCAUUUACUUCUCCUCCUUCAGUGGGGUCCUUGAGCUCACCAACAACACCAAUGAAUCCAUUUGUUCGUUUGUCUGAUUCUUCAAGCAGAAUAGGUGGGGAAAGACAUGGUACUGCAAUUAAAAGACUGAGUUCUAUGCCUCCUUCAGAGAAACCUAAACAGACGGGUAAAGGGGGAGUUCACUCCCAUUCCUUUAAUGAACAAUCUUCCCCCAUAUCUGAUGUUGUUCCAAGUGAUGGUCUAGGUUGCACGCAUCUAUGGCUGCAGAGUCGAGUCCCCUUAGGAUGUGUUCCUGCUCAAUCAACAGCUACCAUCAAGCUUGAGCUACUUCCCUUGACUGAUGGCAUAAUUACUCUGGACACGUUACAGAUUGAUGUCAAGGAUAAAGGUCUAACGUACAUUCCCGAGCAUUCACUGAAAAUCAAUGCAACUUCAAGCAUAUCUACAGGGAUUGUAUAGGAACGAUUCAGUGUGAGUUCUAUUUCUUAUUGCUCUUCUUCAAAUGCCGAAAAGAAUUUGAAAGGGAUACAUGAUAUGCCAUACCUGGUUUUAUGAUGUGGUGAUUGUUUACAUUGAUUUGUUUUGAAAAUAGAAACCCGCCUGAUGUAAUCUAAUUGAAGAAGAGCGAUUAUAUAGCACGAACUCUGAAAGAGUUAUACUCUUUAUCUUGACAGGGUCAUUUAUACUUGUAUGAUAAAGAAUUCAUUCUUGGUCUUGUUUAUGUAUUCAGUAGACCCUGGUUUUUCCUCUGUUUAUUUGAUAGAUGUUGGGAUGGCAA